AUGACUAUUCUAACAUAUCGGCCAUCAUCUUCUCAAUCUCGUUGGGAUUACGAUGUCUUCAUAAGUUUUAGAGGUGAAGAUACGCGUAAGAACUUCACCGAUCACCUCUAUUCUGCCUUGGUGCGAGUCGGAAUUCGAACCUUCCGAGACGACGAGGAGCUUCGAAGAGGGAAUAUGAUCUCUAAAGAACUAUCCAAAGCAAUUUGUGGAUCGAGGAUUUCCAUUGUGGUUUUCUCGAAAGGCUAUGCUUCUUCUAGGUGGUGCCUUGAUGAACUAGUGGAUAUCCUGCACUGUAAUAAGAAUACCGAAGAUCACAUUCUUCUUCCGAUAUUUUAUAAUGUGGAUCCCUUGGAAUUUCAAAAUCAAACCGGAACUUUUGCGGAAGCCUUUGCUAGGCAUGAAGAGCGGUUUCAGACUGAUAUGAAGAGGGUGGAGAUGUGGAAAGCAGCUCUAAGUGAAGCUGCGAAUUGUUCUGGCUGGGAUCUCAAAAGUGUUCCAAAUGGGUAUUAUGCUAUGGAUUCUUGUGCUUUUUCAUUCCGUUUUUAA